AUGAAGAAAAAAUCAUGGUUAAUAUCUUGUUUCCUCAUCAUCUCUUUCUCUUUGCACACCUACCCUUCACUUUCUGCUUUGACCACCAUCUCAUCAAACCAAUCUCUUUCUGGUGAUCAAACUCUUGUCUCCAAAGAUGGCAACUUUGAAUUGGGUUUCUUCAAUAUAGGUAAUUCCUCUAACUACUACAUAGGCAUGUGGUACAAAAAGAUAUCUUUAAGGACAUAUGUUUGGAUAGCAAAUAGAGAUGAUCCAGUUUCUAAUAAAAGUGCUUCCAGGUUAGCUAUUUCUGAUGGUAAUUUAGUUCUCUUGGAUCAGUCUCAAACUAUAGUUUGGUCAACAAAUUUGAGUUUUGCUAGUUCAAAUUUUGUAUUUGCUGUCCUUUUAGAUACUGGUAAUCUUAUAUUAAGUAAUAGGCCUAAUGCAUCAGCAUCCGAAGCUCUUUGGCAGAGUUUUGAUUUUCCAUCAGAUACUUGGCUUCCUGGUGGCAAAAUUAAACUCAAUAAGAUAACUAAGAAGCCUCAAUAUCUUACUUCAUGGAAGAACAGUGAAGAUCCAGCAACUGGUUUGUUCUCUCUUGAACUAGAUCCUAAUGGAACCAGUUCAUACUUGAUACUUUGGAAUAAAACUCAACAGUAUUGGACAAGUGGUUCUUGGAAUGGACAGAUAUUCAGUUUGGUUCCUGAAAUGAGGGCAAACUACAUCUACAAUUUCACCUUUGAGAAUAGCGCUAACGAAAGCUACUUUACAUACUCUUUGUACAGCAAUUCUAUUAUAUCUCGCUUUGUGAUGGAUGUGUCUGGGCAGAUCAAGCAAUAUACUUGGCUGGAAAGUACUCAGCAAUGGAAUUUAUUUUGGUCACAACCAAGAGGACAGUGUCAGGUUUAUGCUUUCUGUGGUGCAUUUGGUAGCUGCAAUGAGAUCUCAAAGCCAUCCUGCAAUUGUUUGAAUGGUUAUAAACCAAAGUCACAAUCUGAUUGGAAUCUUGGUGAUUACUCAAAUGGGUGUGUGAAAACAAACAAAUUUCAAUGCGAGGUAUCUUCUAAUCCUUCUAGUGGUGCCAAUGAUAGGUUCUUAACCAAAUCAAAUUUGGCUUUGCCUCAACGUGCACAGCCUGUUGUAAAAGCUGGUUUGAGUGAGGAAUGUGAGUCAACGUGUUUGAGCAACUGUUCCUGCACCGCAUAUACUUAUAACAGUAGUGGUUGUUUCAUUUGGAGGGGAGAACUCUUGAAUCUGCAACAGCUUUCUCAAGAUGACAGUAAUGGACAGACAUUGUUUCUCAAACUUGCAGCAUCUGAGUUUCAUGAUUCAAAAAGCAAUAAAGGUACAACCAUUGGUAUUGUUGGUGGUGCUGUUGGUGGUAUAGUGAUUCUCCUUGUUCUUGUUUUAAUUCUCGUGAUUAGGCGAAGAAAGAGACUAGCUGGAACAAGAACUUCUGUGGAGGGCUCAUUAAUAGCAUUUGCAUACAGAGAUUUGCAAAAUGCAACGAAAAAUUUCUCAGAGAAACUCGGAGGAGGAGGUUUUGGUUCUGUCUUCAAAGGAAUAUUACCUGAUUCAAGUGUCAUAGCAGUGAAGAAACUUGAAAGCAUUAGCCAAGGCGAGAAGCAGUUUCGAACAGAAGUGAGCACCAUUGGAACUGUUCAACAUGUCAACCUUGUUAGGCUUCGCGGUUUUUGUUCCGAAGGCGACAAAAGGCUUCUGGUUUAUGAUUACAUGCCGAAUGGGUCUUUGGAUUCAAAUCUGUUUCAGAACUCCAACAUGUUGAAUUGGAAAGUAAGAUUCCAAAUUACCCUUGGAGUAGCUAGAGGAUUGACUUAUCUUCAUGAAAAGUGUAGAGACUGUAUCAUUCACUGCGACGUGAAGCCAGAAAACAUCCUCAUUGAUUCUGAAUUUUGUCCAAAAGUAGCAGACUUCGGCCUUGCAAAACUUGUUGGAAGGGACUUUAGCAGGGUCUUAACUACCAUGAGAGGAACAAGAGGUUAUUUAGCUCCGGAAUGGAUUUCAGGAGUGGCUAUUACCGCUAAAGCCGAUGUUUACAGCUACGGAAUGAUGCUUUUUGAGCUUGUGUCAGGUAGAAGAAAUUCGGAUCCUUCUGUAGACGGUCAAAUUAGAUUCUUUCCUACAUUGGCUGCAAACGUAGUACACCAAGGAGGGAAUGUGAUUAGCUUAUUGGACUCUAGAUUGGAGGGAGAUGCUGAUGUUGAGGAGAUCACUCGAGUCAUAAAGAUUGCAGCAUGGUGUGUUCAAGAUGAUGAAACUCAUAGGCCUUCCAUGGGUCAAGUAGUUCAAAUACUUGAAGGGGUGUUGGAUGUUGCUUUGCCUCCAAUUCCUAGAUCCCUUCAAGCUUUUAUUGAUGACCAUGAGGACAUUGUUUUCUUCACUGAUUCAAACUCCACUCAUAAUUCACAGAUAAAGAGCAGUGUUUCGACAGCUUCCUCUCAAGCUAAAAGCCACAUCUCAUCUACUAGCAUUAGUCCUUGA